AGGGCUGAAGAGAUCAUUGGCUGGCUGUAAACUGUCACAGGUUGUCUGGGCAACACUGGAAAUACCACUGGAUAAGUGGAUGGCUCCUAAAUUCAACUUCAUGAUCUCUAUUAAAGACCCCUCAAGAAAACGAAAAAUUUCAAACGGAGUAGGUGAGGAGAUGAGGCACUGCUACAGUAGAAUGCUGUUUAUCUAUACCUAA